UCAAUUGCAUCUCCCAGAAUGUCUGCCGCACCCUCACCGCCCGCAACGCCUCGCAAAGCAUCGAUACCUCGGCCCCCACCGUCGCCGCUCCGACCGUCCUCACCGACAACGCCGUUGACUGCGACCGCGACCCUCACCCCGACGUCGCGGCUGUCCAGCGCAGGGCCACCCGUCUCCCCUCGCCGGAACAGCAGCGCGCUGCCCUCCUCGCCGCCGCCGCCCACGACACCGAACAAGACCCGUGCACGGGACCUGCUGCGGAAACACUAUGGGCUGGGUGUGGGGCCCCCGACACCGAUCCCGGGGCGGACGCAAGAUCCCAUGAGUUUAGACUCGCCUGCCUUCGAUGCGAAAUCAUACUACGAGCAACUCAUCACGACGACGACGCUGCCUGCGCUGAUGAAACGCGAGAAUGAACUGCUGAGCGAGAUACGACAGCUGGACAGCGAGCGCCAAUCCCUGGUCUACAACCACCAUCAUGAGCUCAUAGCAGCUAGCGACACCAUUGCUGCUAUGAAGACGCGAGCGGAGAGCCUUGAUUCCGACCUCGACCUUCUGCGCGACGCUUUCUCUGAGAUAUCACGGCUGUGCUCGGAAGUUUCGAUCGAGGAAGGUGCAGAGAACUGAUUUAUUGUAACUGCUGGGUCGGUACGGACGUUAUACAGGGAUGCUAUCGCUACAAGGAUGCCCGUUAGAGGCUGCGUCGCCGGGACGAUAUUGAAAGGGAAAAGAGCAACGGUCUACGCUGCGAACUUGUGCUUGGGCAACCAGAUUUCUACUUGGUAGUUGGCUCCGCCGCGGUGCUCGAGUCCAGUGCUGCUGAGCUGUGAGAUAGAGCGAGUGGCUUCCAGCCGAGUGCACGUACAUGAGGAUGUCUUGGGGGCGGAUGUAUGAGCUGCCGAUCUUCCAAGUCUCGUAGCCAGGCUGCAUCGGGAACAUCUUGCCCUGCUCUCGACGGUCAGCCUCUCGGGAGUCUGAGCAACGUGAGAAAGACUGACCGACACGGACUUGACGAACACCCCGACGACGUUGCAGACAUUGAGAGCGAAUAUGGUGCGGUGAGCGCCGUGCUGCGUUCGCACCCGCUUCUCAAACGGGGGGUAGCCGGGCCACAAAAUCCGAAUGCGGAUCUCGCGGUACGAGAAGCUGGGGUCGAACACCGGAGUCUGACCGUCCUCGAGCAGGGAGCUGCACUCGCCCUCGAUGUCGUUCAUGCGGAUGCCGGGCGCGCCGCCGGAUGCAGCAGCCCGCUGGGUGCGGAACAUGAUCGGGGCAUGGCGCACGUUGUCGUACCGGAUGUCUCCCGACGGCGGGAUGGGGUCCACGUAGAUCUCCUGCGGAAGCCGCCAGUGAUCGAGAGGGCCGUCGGGAAGCCUUGGGCCAGCGGCUUUGGAGCCCCGGCGGAGUUUGGGGACCAGCAUCGACGUGUCGGCGACUGACCCGUUGCGCGAUCUCGGCUUGGCAUACGGCGUGGUGUGCUUUGAGGUCGACUGCUGGCGAUUAGUGUCCAAAAAUCAUAUGUGCGGAUCCCUCGAAGAUUGCUUACGUUUGAUCGAGCAGGACCCACAGUCGUGUCAAAUACAACAGAGUUGCGCCGAGAAAGCGGUGCGGGUGUCCCAUAAGACGGGGUCUGGGGAGCACCGGGGAAGCCAUAUGUCUGGCUGUGCAGAGACGGCUGAACGAAGCCAGACGGAGAAUACGACCGAUCGUAGGCUGCUUGCUGGAUAGGCUGGUGCGAAAACGAAGACGGGUAAGCGGAGAAUUCUGGUGGCAUUCAACAUCUCGAGCUGAGCGCUUGGGCAGAAAACUCACGAGAGCCAUCCACUGGGAUGGCUCCAGAAAAGUGGGUCGGAAGAGCCUCCCUGUUGGAGACCGUGUACAGCGCGCUGGAACCGAGUGCAGCGUAGGCAGGCAUUGAAAUGUGAAUAGCACAGCGAAGAAGGAUGCUCUUCCACCCAGCGCAUUAUUCGGUUAUAUAGCGACUGAAUUUGAAUCCUCCAAGGUGGCAUUGUUGCUGAAACCUCCAAAGCGCGGCCGGAAAAGCGUAAAGCGCCCGCUCCGUGGAAAGCCUUGCCUUGCGAGUAUUGUUUCCAAGAAAGCGCGUGAUUGAGCAAAGGUUGCGAGGCCGACAGAAGCAUUGCAGAAAAUGAAUCAUUGACUGUCCCGUUUGGGGCAACCCGAAUUUUCGCAAAGAGAUUUCUUGAGACAAAGCUUUACGGAAGUUGAUGUCAAGACAAACGCCGUAGUCGGAGCAGAGUGUGCUGAGACCCAAGUCUAGAAGAGGGCUUCAUCACUAUACGUGUUUGUGCAGACACACUAACGAUGGUAAGUCAGGUUAAGGAUAAGAAGUAGGAUUCAUGUUUGCUGAGGGCAAGAUCUUCCACGCGAAGUUGGGUGACAGCGAUGGCUGUGCAAAUUAGCCCAUUACAUCAUUGAACAUACCGAUAGGUCACACCUCGGAAUAGCGCGUUACUAGUCUUGAUA